GUAUAAGAGCGAGGCUGAUUGGAGCCCUCCUCGGUCACACACCAUCGCUCCAACAACUUCCAGUCCCUUCUCUAUAUCCCUCACUAAGUCUCUUUCCUAAAGCUCGUCCUCUUUCGACUUCCUCUGCCUCACUUCCCCCUUCAGUCUAUUCCAGUAUGCAAUUCGCUGUCGCUGUUUCGCUCGCCGUACUGGCUACCACUCUCUUGUCUGCCGCGCCCGCGCAGGCUGGUGCAACGUGGUCCAUUGCCUUGUACAGGGCCAACAAGUUCCUCUCCUUCACCGGCAAUAUCACCGUGCCUCCCAACCUUCCCUCCGGUGGUACACCUUACCUCUGGCCAGGACUUGAGCCCGGAAACGCUGCCACUGUCCUUCAGCCCGUACUGGACGGUCGCAACAAGCACUGGUACUUUGGCAACGCCCUCGUUGGCAACCCCACUGGUCCCUACGGAGGCGGUGUCAACGCUGUGCCCAAUGACAACCUGGCUUUCAACAUGACCAAUAUCGGCGGCGCCGGCAACUGGUACAUCAGCUCGGCCAACGGCAACCAGUUUGCUAGCACCACCUACAACAUCGGAAUCCAGAUGCAGGCCGCCAUCUUUGCCGUCGAGCUCUACCCCGGCACCGUCUGGGACUUUGGCAACCUUGUCUUCCGCAACGUCGUCAUCACCGCCGACGGUACCGACAGCCGAUGGUGCACCAGCAACAUCCAGACUGUCAAUGUCAAGAAGACCAUCACCGGCGUGCGCUCUUCCGUUGCCAACAAUGUCGUCACCUGCAGGUUCGACACGCUCACCCUCUCUCCUCCCUAAACGCAGAGGAGGAUAGCAAUGCUUAUCGACUAGCAAAUGCUGUUGGAGCUAGGUUGAUGACAGACGAAGAAAAGUCGUUCGGCCCGCAAAAUUGUAGCAGUCACCGCAGAGAUCUUGUGUUGUCGAAACGCGUUCUGAUUUAUAUGGGAGGAAUUGCAUAGCAUCCAGACUAAGCCAAAUUUUGCCAAACAAGU